AUGCUGAGGCUCGGAUUAUCCACGGUCGGCAAGACGACGUCUGGUCGGGUCGCAAUGAGGAUACGAAGCCCCUCUGCCCUCGCAGGAAGGCGGCUUCUUAGUUCCCAAAACAUUGACGGUAAACGCGCUUCAGAGGAACGACCAUCUGAAGAGAAUACCAAGACUGUUGGUUCCAACAAUGAAAAUACCGAUGCCCUUCGUCAGUUCUUUGAAAAGAGACGAGAAUCAUCCUUCAAAAACGGCGGAACGCAGGAAGCAGCAAACUCUCAGAAAAUGAAUCCAAACCCCAGAAAUCAAAAUGGAAAUAGAAAUUUUGCACAAACGAAAUACAACAAUGGCGCAAAAGCAUCAUCAGAUGUGAAACAAGGUGGCGAGAGUGAUGCCUUGCAAUCCUUCUUUGAAAAACGGAAGGCAGCCUUGCAAAAAGAGAAGAAGGGACGAGAUGUAUCUCCCAACAAUAGUAACAAACAACAGCAACAACGACCCAAUGAUCGAAGGCCCAAUCAAAAUGCUGGAAAUCGAAACAAUCGACGACAGGGUCAACAACAACAUCAGACACAAAACCAAAGAAAUCGCAAGCAACAACCACAGCAGCAGCAAAAUAACCAAGGAAACGACUCGUCACGACUGGCAGAUUUAAUGAAACAACUAAGACGGGAUGGUCCGGUGAAACCUGCUGCUUCGGCAACAAACAAUGAUGAUCAACCACAUUGGAGACGCGGUGGUACCCAACAAGGGCGUGGUGGUCGAGGGCAGGGUGACAGUGCGCGAUGGCGGAGGUCGUCCUUUCUCAACAAGAACGAACAAGGAGGCAGAGGUGGUCCUUCGCAUCAUCAUGGUGGACGCGGCGGUCGCGGUGGCCGAGGUGGUCAGAGGCAGCAACCAGUAUUCCGAGCCGACAUUGACUUUUUGGAAGGGCGUCGGGGUCGAAUAGAAAAGGACAAGGCUCCCGGCGAAGAAUCCGAGACCAUUGUGACCCUCCCAGCAAAGCCAUGCUCUUUGACAGAUCUGUCUGCGUUGUUUCGAGUCAAGGUGGAUGUUCUUCAACGCAAGCUUAGGUCCAUUGGCGAGCGCAUUCGCCCCGACAAAGAGCAUGUUGUUGAUGUGGACAUGAUGGAGCUUUUGGCUCUUGAAUUUCAAAUCGAUUGCCAGCGUUCGGAGUACAAAGAAGCUGCUGAAAGUGAAGAGAUUUUGAUCAGUCAAAGACGAGUUGGAGAUGAUGGCGUUGCCCUACCUCCAAGACCGCCUGUUGUCUGUAUCAUGGGACACGUUGAUCAUGGUAAGACAACCUUAAUGGAUGCUUUACGGCGACAAUCUGUUGGUGGUAUGCAAGGAAAUGCUAGGAAGGCGAAAAAGAGCAAGAAAAAGGGGAAGAAAGAUGUAUCGUCUGCUUCUGGGGAUGUUGCUGGAACCGAAGCUGGUGGUAUUACUCAGGUUAUCAGCGCAUUCCAGGUUGCAAUGGAGGGGCAAGAUAUGCCAGUCACAUUUCUGGACACACCCGGUCACGCGGCCUUUCGUUCAAUGCGACUAUCUGGAUCCCACGCUGCAGAUGUUAUCGUUUUGGUGGUGGCUGCCGAUGACGGAAUAUCCCCGCAAACCGUUGAAAUCCUAGACUUUUACAAAUCAAUUGUCACUGGCUCUGAAGGUGGAAUUUCAUUGGUGGUGGCAUUGAACAAAAUUGACAAGCCUGGUAUCGAUGUCGAUGAAGCCCAAAGACGUAUCGAGAAUCAACUGAUGGAACAUGGAAUCACACCAGAGAGUAUGGGAUCAGGCGAUUCCGAGUAUGGGGCUCCAGUUCAAGUUAUUCCGACGUCGGGUCUGACUGGGGAAGGUUUGGAGGAUCUUAUGGAAGGUCUUCUUCUACAGUCUGAGAUUAUGGAUUUGCGGGCCGACGAAGAAGCAGAGGCAGAAGGAAUCAUCAUGGAUGCAGCAAUGGAGAAAGGAUUAGGAGUGGUCGCAACGGCUAUCAUUCGUUGGGGAAAUAUCAAACCUGGCGACGUUGUAGUCAGUGGAGAUCAGAUUGGAAGAGUAAGAAUACUCAGAGAUGUACAUAACAAGCCACUGAAGAAAGGAAUGCCAUCACAACCUGUCAGCAUUGUUGGAUUCAAAGCCAUGCCAAAGGCAGGCGACCCGAUAACACGCGUCGAGUCAGAAGAGAAAGCCGAAGAACUAGUAGCAAGGCGGGCAUCCCUGGAGAAAGAAAGCAUCCGGUCCGAAGCAGCCGUGGAUGACAUCGAGAUUCACAUACCUGGAAUGCGAACGAAGGGCAAUAGACGGCACCAAAGAGUUUAUUCAAAAGCGAAUCUUCAGGAAGGUGAUGGAUACUUGCGCAUUCCUGUCAUUGUAAAGGCAGACGCCGAUGGGUCGUUAUCAGCAGUCCGAGAAUCUCUCGUUCAACUUGGUGAGAAUUCCAAACACAAAGUAAUGAUUGACACCAUAUCAGAUGGAAUUGGUGAUAUCAACGCCACAGACAUCCAAUUGGCGAAAGAAAGUAAUGCAAUCAUUUUUAUGUUCGGCAACAAGCGUGUUGACCAAAUGACAUUGAACCUUGCAGAAUCAGAGGGUGUUCGAAUCUGUUCGAAUCCAAUCAUCUAUUCGCUACUCGAUGAAGCAAAACAAACCCUCGGAACUUUCCUUCCACCUUCUCCGGUCAAGCAUGUCCAUGGAUCAGCUCUUGUGCAAGAAGUAUUUUCUGUUGGUACUGAUGAUGGGUCAGAAAAUGUUGCUGGGUUGAAGGUCAUGGAUGGAUACAUUUACAAAGGCAAGGCCAAGGUGGGUUCAGCCAAACUCAAUUGUCACUUCCGAGUGAUACGCGAUGGAAAGCAAAUCUCCCCAGAAGGUGAGAAGGUUACAGCAUUCUCGUUGCGUCGAUACAAGGAGCUUGUCGACAGCGUACGGCUUGGAGAUGAGUGUGGACUGGGACUAUCGGGAUUCGGUGAUUUCGAAGCAGGCGACACAAUCGAAUGCUAUUCAAUCGAAAUGAAGUACGAUUCAUUGUAG